AUGACUUAUAUCUUACUGAAGGCAUUGCAAGCCGUUGUUCGGACGCUGUGGGUAUCAGUCAAACGUGGAAAGUAUAGCGAACAGUUUGAUGCGAUUUGUUUAGCACUUAUGGUUGGAACAAAGACUUUAAAAUAUGGCACAGCUUUGAUGCCAUCCAUUGUUAAGGGAAUAGUCGGGUCGUUUCCGGGAACUCUAGAUGCGUGCCUUUCUAGUGAGGAACAGUAUAGGCGAUUUUUCAACGUCCCGAUUGAGGGCUUACAACGGGAAGACGUGGAUGUUCCUUUGUCGUCAUCAAAGUAUCCUUCAGUUUCUGUAGUUCUUGGGUGUACGGAGUCUUAUAGACAGCUUUGGUUUUGGCAACUCCGGAUGAUCAAACAGCUUCAUGGUCUAGCUCAGCUGCGGAAGUACAUGCGGGAGCGAGUUGCGCUUGGACUACGGUUUCAUGCUCAUGUAAAAAACCUACUUGUGCUUCACUCUCGAGGAGUAUUGAAGCAUAUGACAGACGAAGAACUAUGUGGAAAAGUUGAUAGGCCUCUUGCAAACUAUAUUAAAAGCGCGCUUCCACUUUUGCGGUCUUUCGACGAAACUGGCAAAACUGUUGUAGAAAGAUUUGUAAUUCAUCCUCAACUUUAUUAUUGUGGGCGUUUUGAUGCGAUUAUAAAAUAUAAAGACGUAGUUUAUCUGGUUGAUUUCAAGACGACAAGCAAUUCGUUUUCGCAGGCAGGAAAUGACUUGAAACAGCUAUAUUCUGGCCCGUUGCAGGUUGCUGCAUACGUUGGAGCGGCUAAUUGUACUCCGUCGUUGGCAUCGAUAUCAACUGUAACCGUUCUUUUAGUUUAUAUUAAAAGAGGCGCUUUAGUUGUCGUUAAGGAGGAUGGCUCAACAGCAGAUUUUAUUGACAUGGAUCUUAAAAGUCUAGAAGAACAUUGGAGUAAGUGGAUCAGUCGCGUUCACCAGUUUUGGGUUGGCCUUGAAAGCCGACCGGUCGAGGAUGGUAUGGUCUCAUUUGUUUAUGAUGGAAGAAAAGAGAAUUGA